AUGAGGUAGGGCCCGCUCCCGGCGCGGCACCGGCCCGGGGCGCCCAGGGCAGCAGGGCAGAGGCGCCUUCCCGCCCGGCCGCCGGCAUGUCUUAGGGAGGAGCGGCCCGAGCCGCGAAGCACCAUGUUCGGGAGCUGCCUGGUGGACCAGGACCCCGCGAUGUACCCGGGCUCGCUGCGGGCCGGCGGUGGCGGUAGUGGGGGGCCCCUGCCCGGGCAGACUUUCGCGCCCGGCCCCUCGUACGCCGACUACAUGGGCUACCCGUCCGGCCCCGGCCUGGACGGCCCCGGCCAGCCCCCCGCGGGGUGGGGGUCGCCCUACGGGGCCCCCCGGGAGGACUGGGGCGUCUACGGGGCCGGGCCCUCCUUGGCCUCCGGCGCCCCCGGCCCGCCACCGCCCCCGGCUCCUCCUGCCCCUGCUCCUCCUCCUCCUCCUCCUCCACCGCCGCCCCCCGGCCCGGGGCCCUACGGCUCCCCCGACUACGGCGCCCUGUCCGGGCCCGGGCCCGGGGGUCUGCCGCCCGUGGACGCGGCCGGCGCCGACCCUCUGCCCCCCGCCGGGCAGAGGCACACCGCCUACGAGUGGAUGCGCAGGACCGUCCAGUCCGCCGCGGGCACAGGGAAGACAAGGACGAGGGAAAAGUAUCGGGUGGUGUACACCGAUCAUCAGAGGCUGGAGCUGGAGAAGGAAUUUCGAUGCAACAGAUACAUCACCAUCCGGAGGAAGUCAGAGCUAGCUGCCAACCUGGGGCUUUCAGAGAGACAGGUGAAAAUCUGGUUUCAGAACCGCCGCGCUAAGGAGAGGAAGAUGAUCAAGAAGAAGAUUUCACAGUUUGAUGGCAGCGGGGGCUCGGCCCAAAGUGACUCCGGCUCGGUCAGCCCUGCCGAGCUGCCGAGCUCUCUGUUCCCGCCGCCCCACGCCAUCCGGGAAUUACAGCCCAUCGAGGUCCACCAGGUGAUCAUCUCAGAGUAGCGGAGCGGUCAGUCAGAGGGCCGGCACCAGUCAGCAGAAGGACAAACCUCGCUGUGGACUACUUGGACAGGCCGUUGGAAGACGAUCCCUCGGGGCAUCCCCUUGGCUAGCUACCUCCCCUCCAGGACUCCCAGUCCACAGGCCUUUAGCUCCAGAUCCCGGCGAAGAGUACCUCCCGCAGGCGACUGGAAGCUGCCCGUGAGCUGGAUGGGGCCAAGGACUGUUCCGAUGCUUUGCGGCCUCUCUGCUGGGAGGGGUGUCGGUAUUUGUGUGUAUGUGUGUGUGCGUGUGUGUGUGUGUGUGUGUGUGUGUGUGUAUGUAUGUUGGUCUCUUCUCGUGCUGUUGUGUUUCUUCUCCUGUGAGGUUUGAGGAGGCGUCAGUGAGGUGUGUAGGUUUUUCCGGGGUCUGAUCUAAUGCUGCUGCCACUUCCGAACCGAGGGUCCCCCUGGGCUUGGGACACCAUGAGCACCAUCCAGCUGAUGAAAUAAAAUCUAUUUUUGCCCCCAUCCCCAACUGUUCUGGAGCGGGCCCAGUCUUCUAAAUGCAGUGGAGUUCUCGACCCGCAGCAUCGUUUGUCAGUCCAGCCUCAGCGGGAAGGGCUCGGCAAGGUUUUCCUCUUCCACCCCACCCAGGAGAACUGACACGCCAUCAGGAAAUGAGCCCCUUCAUCUUUUGGCAGUGAGGGGAGUAACGGCUGGCCUGUCUUGCUUCUUAUCUUCUCUAGGUCAUCUU